UACAAAACUACAAAGUCAUGCAAGAGGUCUUCACCAAACUCAAAAUCACCAAGCCAUUGGAAGUCAACAGGCUUGUCAAAGGCAGACCACUAGACAACUUGGAGUUUCUACAAUGGCUGAAACGUUUCUGCGAUUCCAUUAAUGGUGGCAUUAUGAACGAGAAUUACAAUCCAGUAGAACGAAGAUCGAGAGGUGGCAAAGAGAAAAGCGUAAAGGGGUCUAGUAAGGUCUCAAAGUCAUUGCAAACAAACAAUACGCAUCAUACUCCUACAGUCACUGCUUCCAGCAAACCAACUGGUCCAAAGCAAGCAAGAUCACAUGCAAUUGGAGGUGGGAGCAACUCGUCGGCCGAAGUGCAAGCUCUGUCAAAGGAGCUUGAAGAUCUCAAGGUCUCGGUAGAUGUCUUGGAAAAGGAAAGAGAUUUUUACUUCUCUAAGCUCAGGGAUAUAGAGAUACUCUGUCAGACUCCUGAACUUGAUGAUCUUCCGAUUGUUGUAGCGGUUAAGAAGAUAUUAUAUGCAACAGAUGCAAAUGAUUCUGCUCUCGAAGAAGCUCAAGAGUGCCUAAUCGAGUCUCUAGGCAUUGAUGUUGAGGAAGAAGAAGAAAACGAAGCAGAAGAAGCAGGGACUCAGACUUAAAAACAACAACAAAAAAAACAAGUUUCAAACUAGAGGACAAUGACUAUACAUUGCCUUGUCUUAGAAGAUAGUGUUUGGACAAUACUCAAGUUUACCCUAACCGGUUAUUCGGUUUUAAAUGAAACAUCCCAAACUCUGUUCCUUUCUUAACUUAAAAGAUGGUCCAAUUUGGUUUUUCUUUGUAUCAGAGUGUUUUGUGUCCAUAUAAAUAUAUGGGGAAAAAAAUAAUUUAUUACU